UCUGCAUUGUGUCAAACUAGUGUACUAUUUAACUUUCUCCAUACUUAAAAGGUGCAGUAUUUGUCUAAAUAGACUAGUUAAUUCUUGAUAAAGAGUAGUUGAAGGAAUCUAGAUAAUAAUAUGAGGCUUUAUAUUGCUUUAUUAUUGGGUGAGUUGUGGUAGAAAUGAAUCAUGCGGACACUUUGUGAUGUUUGUGAAAGUGCUGCAGCCAUUCUUUUCUGUGCUGCAGAUGAGGCUGCCCUUUGCCGUGCCUGUGAUGAAAAGGUUCAUAUGUGUAACAAGCUUGCUAGUAGGCAUGUGAGAGUUGGAUUUGCUAAGCCCAACGAGGUUCCUCGUUGUGACAUAUGUGAAAAUUCACCUGCAUUCUUUUACUGCGACGUUGAUGGAAGUUCUCUUUGUCUGCAAUGUGACAUGAUGGUACACGUUGGUGGUAAACGAACACACAGUAGAUAUCUCCUGUUGAGGCAGAAAGUUGAGUUUCCAGGAGACAAGUCUGGGCCUACAGAGGAAUUAGCCAGGAAGACAUUAGAUCCCAGUGAAAAUAAGAGGGAUCAUAGUCACUCACCAAAGCCAAUGGUUAAAGACAAUCAACAAAAUCACAGGGGGUCUCCUAUCCUAAUUUCAGAUGGGAGUGCAGAUGGGCAUGGCGAGAAGGACAAAAUGAUCGACUUGAAUGUGAAGCCAAGUCAUUUUCAUGGUCACGCAUCUAAUCAGGACUAAAUCAUCUUCAGUGAUUGUUCCAGCCAGAUAUUCUAUGACCAAAUGUUUGUGAGGCGUCAAAUAGACCUCAUGUGGCAUGCAUGUUCCACCUUUGCGCAUAUGACUGAAGCUCAGUAGCCCAGAUUAGUAAUCGAACAACAUUUGGCAAUUAGUGUUAGAUAAAGCGCAAGUUCUGAAUGCGUUGAUUUUUCGCCAGUCUCAUGAUCAUUAUUUGCUUUAGGAUUUAGUUUUGCCAUUAAGACAACAUUGAAGAAACUGCCUGCUGAAAGUAGUUGAUGUAACUGAAGUUUAUGAUGAUUUUAGUAGAAGUUAUUGUUGAAAGUCAAGAGGGGGUGAAUUAAAAUUUCC